UGUAAUGAUAUCAGUUCUGGAGGAUAGAUCCCGACUACAGGACCAGAUCAAACAACUGAUAUCCAAAUGCGACCGUCUGGACCAGGACAAGAAGAGACUCUCUAGCGACCUUUCAACCUUAAAGAUUGAGAUCCAUGCAUUGGGAAAUGAGAAGCACAGCAUUUCAGAAGAAGCCCAGGCCCAAUUGAAGGCCUCAACAGACAUCAUUAAGGCUAAGAACGUAGUCAUUAAAACACUGGAGGAUGAUAUUCUGCGUUGCACAAGUGAAGCUGAACAUUUCAAAGAAGAAAACAUGUCCCUGCUUGCUGAUGUACAGGAUUUACAGAGGGCUCUGAAAGAGAUGUUAUCAAUGACCGAAGAACUCAUAAAUGAAAACAGUGAGCUUAAGGUCAAGUUAGAAACUGCCACAGAGGAAUUGGACGAGUUGGUAUGGGAAAGUAAAGAGUUGGAAGAAUACAAUAUCUUUCUGGAAGAGCUUAUUAACGAGAGCGACAGAGAAGCAGCUGGAAGCAGAAAGGACAGUGACAAAAUUAACGAUGCUUUGGAAAUUGAGAAUGCACUUCUGCAUGACAAAUUACGCCACUUGCAAUCUCAGUUAAGAAAAGAGAGGAAGGCAAGUUACCUGACUGGAAGUCGUAAACUCAAAGCCAUUCAAGAUCUUGAGCGUAGACUGAUUGAUCUUAAGUGGAAGAACAACGCCCUCAAUGAACAUCUACUUGCCGAGCAGUCGAAGUCUGACUUCAACCAGUCUACCGUAGUGGAGUUACAGAAACGAGAGCAAAACCAUAGAAUAGAAAACCAAGGUUUGCAUGAGCAGUUGGAAAAGUCUAAUAAACAUGAAGUUGAUCUUCGCAAUGAAUUAGCUGAAAUGAACAAGCUCCUGCAAGAAUCUGAAGACAAAUACAGUGACUAUCAGGCUAUUGUAGCUAACAACAGCAAGCUAAUGGUCCAGAAUGCAACCUUACAGGGGUUUAUUGAGCAGAGACGUAUUGGAUUAUCCUGCGGCAACGGCAACACUAAUGGCAGCAAAUCUGGCUUGCCAUUGAAUGCAUCCUCUAGCCCCAAUGUAACAUCAUCUUUGACAAAAGAACCAGACCAAGAAGUACACCAGAUGGCAACAAGUGAGACUCCUGAUGAAUUAGGUCCUAUCUUUAGCUUACAAGAGAGCAUGAGUUUGAUGUUUGAGGAGCAGAACAGACAACUUACAUCCGUUAACCAGCUGCUGAUUGGAGAGGUACAAGAAAUAAAGAGCCAGUUGGCAGAGACUCCCGGUGAAUUAGGUAAUAUCUUUAGCUUGCAAGAGAGCAUGAGCUUGAUGUUUGAGGAGCAGAACAGACAACUUACAUCCAUUAAGCAGCUGAUGAUUGGAGAGGUACAAGAUAUGAAGAGAAAGUUGGCAGAGAUAGAUGCUGUUAAGAGUGUUAAAAUUGUGGAAAGAGAAGAGAAAGUUGAAACAUCUGAUCUGUUUACUGCCACCAAUGUGAAGGAGAUGUCACACUUUUCAACAAGGGUAGCAACUCUAGAGGGCGAGGUGGAGAGCUUAAAGAAGAAGAUCACUGAUGUGGAUAAGAUCAAUUGUCAGACGCUUGCUUUGAGUCAACAAAAGGAUAGCAAAAUUGAGUAUUUAUUGGAAGCAGUGGACGCAUUGACAGCUAAGAACAACAAGUUAAAACAUGAGAAAAAUAAAUGGAAAGCCAUGGUAGAAGAGUCCCAAUUGACAAUGGCAGAGCUGAAGGAACAGAACAUCAAUGAGGUGACAUUUAUUGAAGAGCAAUACAAUCAAUAUAAGACCAAGACCGACCAGUUGAUUGACAUCAUUAAGGCCGAUCUGUACAACAGAGAGAAGGAAUUGGAAGCCGCAGAACACAAAUUUCGAAUGAGUAACAUUGCUGCCAGGCAGCUGCCUGGUCUCGAGGAAAAUCUCGAAGCAGCAGAGAAGACGAUUAAUUUUCUGUCAGGAGCACUGGAUGAAAAAAACAAGACUUGCAGAAGACUGCAAGACGAAGCAGCUGAGACGGAUGUUGUCGGACUACGUGAGAGGAAUAAGGAAUUGGCCGUAGACCUUGCAGAAGUUGAGCAAAAGCUUAGAAAUAUUCGACAAGAGAAGCAGGUUCUUAAGGGAAGCCUAGCUAAAGCUGAUUUAAAGCUGAUGGAUAUGGAAAUGGAUCUUGUGAGUGCUGAUAGAGUAAAACAUGGAAAGAACUAUCUGAAUAUUACACAACAAGAUUUUAACAAGCACAAAGGACACACUGUCAUAAAGGUUGGAGAAGGAAGAGAGGCUAAAACAUGUGCCAAGUGUGCCGGUGACACAGCCGAGGCUCACAGAAUAGAACAAGUUUCAAAGGAACCAAAGUGUGCAGCCUUUGAAAGCAAGACUCUCUCAGAGGGAUGGAGUACAGCUAACAUAAUGGUCGUAUCUAAGGAAGGUAUGAUGAAAACUAUGUUUGAAGAACAAGAACAGAGACUGAAAGCAUUUGUGCAAAACAACAUGGAAAAAUCUAAUAACCAGAUUGACAACUUAAGGAAAAAAUUGAGGAAGAUGAUUUAUCAAGCCUCAAGAUCAAAAUGUACAUCUGAAAAUCAUGACAAGACAAUUGAUGAUGACAACAGCAAUGACCUAACUGAGACACUGAGUGAUGUUACAUCCGCAUCAUAUCACUCCACUCAAAGUACAGAAGAUUCUAUAACAAGUGCAAGUGAUAGUGACGUCACAGUAUACCAGGAGCCAAUAAUAGAACAGCGUGUCGAAAACAAUUUAGUCGACACUGAAGAAACAGAUAUUAAACCAUCUAGAGGACCCGUCUAAAUUCAUGAAAAAAUAUAUAUUUUUAGCUACAAUUAUCAUCGAAUAUGAACAUAUUUUUUAAUUCCGUAUUAUGACUUACAUAUAUCAGUAUUUUUAUAAUUGAAGAUAUUUUGAAAAUAAUUUGUACAUUGACUUAUAUCUUGUAUGCAAAAUAUAAUA